UGCCCCUCUCAAUAUGGCGGCAACGUUAACGUGCGAUCCGAAUACUCGUGCAGGCGUACACUUUGAACACCCCGGGUGUCACGUCUGGUGUUAGGAAGUAAACAAACUCACUUGGGUUUAUCAUUUGGAGAUGGAUAACAGCGACGGUGAGAUGGAGGAAGACGAAAGCGAGUGGAAAGCGUGUUUCGUGGACUCAGCUGCAGUCUGUCCCUCCACCUCUGUAGCCGCUACUUCAGGGUCAAUUAUCAAGACUCCUGAAUCUGUACACAGAGUUAUUCUCCAUUUUGACCUUGACUGCUUUUAUGCUCAGGUGGAAAUGAUCAGAAACCCAGCUUUAAGAGAUGUCCCUCUAGGUAUACAGCAGAAAUACAUCAUAGUCACCUGUAACUACAUGGCCAGGGAGCGGGGCGUCACCAAGCUGAUGUCUGUUACUGAUGCCAAGGAGAAGUGUCCUGAGCUGGUGCUGGUCAAAGGAGAAGACCUGACACACUACAGAGAAAUGUCCUACAAAGUCACAGAGGUCCUGAUGUCUUAUUGUCCGCUGGUCGAGAGGCUCGGAUUUGAUGAAAACUUUGUGGACGUCACAGAGAUGGUUGAACAAAGGCUUGCUCGGACAUCAGAGCCCAACAGCUUCUCGUUUAAAGGACAUGUCUUCAAUCAUCUCAGUGCAGAUACCAAAGCCAGUCGCCACCCAAGGUUGGCCAUGGGUUCGCACAUUGCAGCAGAGCUCAGAGAAGCUAUCCACAGCAAGCUCGGCUUGACCGGUUGUGCUGGCGUCGCCACAAACAAGCUGCUGGCCAAACUGGUUUCAGGCACCUUCAAACCGAAUCAGCAAACGGUUUUGCUGCAGGAGAACAUCGGCGACAUCAUGGGCUGUUUGAGUGGCCUCAGAAAAGUUCCCGGCGUGGGCCACCAGACUGCCAGGAGACUUCAAGCUUUGGGAUUAGUCAGUGUGAAAGACUUGCAGGUCUACCCACUGAGCGACUUGUCGAGGGAGUUUGGGGGUCCCACAGCUCAGCGCCUGAAGAAUCUGGCCCUCGGCAUUGAUGACUCAGCCGUCACACCCACAGGUGCCCCUCAGUCUCUCAGUGAUGAAGACUCGUUUAAAAAAAUGUGUUCAGUGAAGGAAGUUGUGGAAAAGAUUCAGGAGCUGCUGAGCAGUCUGGUGGGAAGGAUGCACACUGAUGGCCGGCAGCCUCAAACCUUCCGGCUUACAAUACGAAGGUACUCGGCGACCAACAAGUGGUUUAGCCGGGAGAGCCGCCAGUGCCCGAUCCCAGGCAGCGUUGGUCAGAAGAUCAUUUCAGGGAGCCCUGAAGACGCUGCGUCCCUGCUGGUCCCGUUGGCCAUGAAGCUCUUUCAUAAGAUGGUGGAGUGCGGCGCUGCAUUUCACCUCACACUCAUCAACGUCUGCUUCAGCAACCUGCAGAGCAGAGGGCCCGCUGUGAGCGGGAAGGGCGCCAUAACGUCGUUCUUCACGCAGAGCGCGUCACCCAGGAAGUCCCAGAUAUCAUCCUCACAAAACCGGGAUAGCUCAACCCAGAAUGCUGACGGUUGCCUCCUGGGCCGUCAGGUCAGCGCAUGCAGCAGGAUUGCUCCACCGAAAAGUCGAGUCACGUCAAAAGGCGCUUGUAGCUCUGAGGAACCAUUGCAUGGCUCCAAAUGGGAACAAAGCUGCGUUUGUGCUGUUGAGGAAAACCACGACGAAGCGUCCUGCAGCACCGAGAGAAUCGAUCUGGACGAAUCCAGAGCGCCGCCGAACGUCGACCCGGAGGUGUUUAAGCUCCUGCCAGAAGAAAUCCGGAAGGAACUUUUAUCUCCUGCUUAUUCAAAGUCCCCGCCCGGUCAAUCAGCCUCCGGGGCUCCCCGCAUGUCUGAAAACGAGCUUUGGGAAAACGAUUCAGCGGCGAAAGCCAGCGUGAAACGCCGGCGGUCUGCGGGAAUAAACGCGAUUGACGGAGGAGACGUCACGGAGCAGGAGGAAUUAUCGCCGCCCCGGUCAUCUGACUGUGACUUCCCGGGAAACGUGGACCCCGAGGUGUUUUCUGAGCUUCCACCCGACGUUCAGAAGGAGCUCCUGUUGGAAUGGAGGCAGCAGAAGCCGGUUCUUAAGGCUCCUUCAUCCAGGAAACCGGGGAAAGGCUCUGCCGCCAAGGGCAGAGACAGAAAGGCUGAAGGAAGAAGCGGCCAGUCGAACAAUCUGUUCAAGUAUUUCAAACCCGCUUAGAGAAAAACUGCUGGGGUUAGUAACAAAGAUGUUAUUUUUCUAACGAUGUGCCGUUCCUACUGUUAGGUUCCAUGAUGAUGAGAACAAUAAAAGAAAAAAACAAUAGAAAUGUCUAACAGCGCUUUAUAAUGGAGCCUGAAAACUAUGUUGGACUGAUGUUCAAUAUAGGGUUGGGCGAUAUGGCUUUAAAAUAAAAUCUCCAAUUUUACUUUGCCAAA